CAAUUCAAGCGUCUCUUUCUGAGCUUCAACCAACCAACAUGAAAAAGUCGAAACGUGUAGUUAAACCGAUCAACCGCGCGCACACACAAACACACACACACAUAUAUAUCUUGAAUCUCUUGCGAAAAAGCUUCAACUCCUAAAAAAUAUCUUCCAUUGUUUAAUUAAUUAGUUCCAGAUUCUACAUUCCAUUAGAGAUCUCAAGGUAAUAAAAUCAAUUUUGAUAAAAUUUCUUAUGGUUCUUGAAACAUUAUUCUCGUUUUGCAGAUCCAAUUGGGGUGUUUGUUUUCCGCAAUUCAUUUCAAUUUAUUUUUCUGUCUUUCAUUUAUCACCAGCAUACGUUCUUUUUUGUGGCUGUUUAUCAGGGAAAGAAGUACAAAGCUGUUUCCCAUUUACAAAAUGAUGAGAAGUGAAAUCCAUAGCGUUGGUGAAUGUUCUCGGUCAACCUCAUUCAGCAGUCAGCUGGAUAAUGAGGAUGACAGGAUGAUUGCCGUUGUACUAUCAGAAGAGUAUGCUAAGAUGGAUGGUGCAGUUGGUCGACGCCUUUCCAACCUGGCUUCAAUCCCUCAUAUCCCGCGAAUAAAUACCUAUAUUCCCAACUUUAGUGAUGCCAGUUUUGAUCAUCAAAGGCUGCUCGACAGGCUAAAUGCUUAUGGCUUAUAUGAAGUGAAGGUCUCUGGGGAUGGCAAUUGUCAGUUUCGUGCACUUUCAGACCAGAUUUAUAAGUCACCAGAGUAUCACAAGCAUGUUCGGAAAGAGGUUGUGAAACAGCUUAAAGACUACCAUUCUUUGUAUGAAGGCCAUGUCCCAAUGAAGUACAAACACUACUACAAGAAAAUGGCCAAAUCUGGUGAAUGGGGGGACCAUGUUACAUUACAAGCAGCAGCUGAUAAGUUUGCAGCGAAGAUAUGUCUUUUAACUUCAUUUAGAGAUUCUUGUUUCAUUGAAAUUAUUCCACAGUAUCAAGCGCCUGAACGAGAGCUUUGGUUAAGUUUCUGGUCCGAGGUGCAUUACAAUUCACUUUAUGAAAUCAAAGAUGCUCCAAUGCGGAAUAAGCCGAGAAAGAAACACUGGCUGUUCUAGAGAAAAAAACAUAUAUUGUUACUGUUCUAGCAUUAAGAUGGUUGUAAAAAUUUUGUACCAUGGAUUUUUUUCUAUACAUGUAAUUAUUGUGUUUAAUUUAAUGAUUUUAUUUAUUUCUUUAUUUCUUUAUUUUUACUAUAUCGUUUCAUGUGUGAGUAUUAAAACCUGCUAUAUAUCUUUGUUUAUUUAAUAUUAUAAGAAUACAUUGAUUCCUACUGA